AUGCAGAGACCGAUUGAAAUGCCUAUAACUUUUGAAACACUUGAUGAGUAUGCAAAUGCAGUUGGAUAUAUCCAAAUAAAUGAAGAAUAUAUUGAGAUGUAUAAAGAUAAAGAAAUAAGAUAAGCUUAAUUCAUUUUUGAUUAGGAAGAAUAAAGAUUAAUCACUAAAAGACUAAAACUCUUUCUAGACUAAUCUGAUAAUAUCAAGCCAAGGACAUUCUUAGAAGUAAAAAUGACUCCUGCUUCUUAGCAAGAUGAUAAAGAUGACCAAAAGGAAGAAUAUAUUGGAAUUGCUAGUGUUUUCUCAGUGUCUUUUACAGAUGAAAAGAAAACCGUAGUUACUGUUGAUUUGAAUAUCCUUACUCCUUAUAGUUAGGAAAAAUAGACAUUACCUAAAUCAGAAUAGGGUUACUAUUUAGAUACUCUUAAGUACACUAAAAUGGAUAGAUUAGGUAAAUAUUUCAUUGUUAAGAAUGCUUUGGAUACAUUUUUGAAAAAUAAUAAAUCAUACAAAACAUCUGAUUAAUUACUAAAAUAAGUAAUUAUUAGUUGCAAAUAAGUAAAGGAUAAAAAUAAAAUGCUUCCAUAAGAGAUAAUUAUCCCAGGAAUCCCAGAUACCUUUUCAAAAUCUUAGAGAGAAGCUGUAAAAUAAGCACUAACAGGUAGAUUAACAUUAAUUUAAGGGCCACCCGGCACGGGUAAGACAACUGUGCUUUAGGCUAUAGCAGCACACAUGGUCAAUGAUAAUUAUAUAAAUAAUAUUCAAACUCCUAUUCUUAUCUGCGCUCCUUCAAAUGCAGCCGCUGACCUUAUUGCUGAGCGACUAAGAUUUGUUCCCAUUUUGAAUGGAAAUUAUAUUCGAUUACAGUCUGUGCAUAGAGAAGAUAUUUUCAACACUAAUUUAAAUAACCUAAGAGAGUAUGAUUUACUACAAAAAAUAAAGUAUAUGGAUGAACUUGAGGCAUAGGAUGAUUUUAACAAACAAUUUAUUUCUGCUGAUCGUCAAUAAGCAAAGUAAACAGUGGAAUAUUAUUUUUCUGAUGAAAAUUAUUAUUUCAAAGAUGGAGUUGGUGAUAAAUUUCUUACAGAUCUAGAAGAUAAAAAUGGCUACAUAGAGAUAGACAAAAUUCUCAAAUUUUACAAAAUGAAAUAAUUGCAGGUGUCAAAAGAUGAAAUAGUAAAGUUUUCAAGAUAUGGAUUUAACUUUGAGGUAGACAGAUCUGGGGAACUUAUUAAAAAGAAAAAUAUAAAUACAGAAGAUGUUAUUCUUGAAAGAUUUGGAUUCAAAUCAGGUUCAGUUAGAACAUUUACCGCUUAUGAGCUUGAUGACUUAAAUAAACUUAAACUUAAAAUUGAAUCAAAGAUUCUAUCUAGAGCUGCUGCUAUAAUAACAACUUGCUUAAAUAGCUCUGACAAAAGACUAAAAGGAAUUAGAUUUAAACAAGUGAUUAUUGAUGAAGCAGCUUAAUGCCAAGAAAUUGAAACUUUAAUUGCUCUAAGAAAUGCAAAUCAAGCAGUAUUGAUAGGAGAUCAAAAGCAGUUAGGCCCAAGACUUACUACUAUAAUUGAUGGACCCAAAUCAAUGUUUGAAAGAAUGCUGAAAGCAGAUUAUCCAUAUUACAUGUUGACGACUCAAUACAGAAUGCAUCCAUUCCUAUUAACAUUACCAAACUAAAUGUUCUACUAGAACAAGAUUUAAAACGGAUAUAUUUAGUAGCUUAGAAAUUUCUUUAUAGAUAGGGAUAAACCUCUGCUUUUCAUUCACAUUGAUUCAAAUUAGAGCAAAUUUGGUACAUCUUACUUUAACAUGGAUGAGGCUUAGGCAGUUCAUGAUAUAACAAAAUUUCUUGUUACAUAAGAGAAAUAUGAUAUUAAAAAAUUCGGCUUUAUCUCAGGGUACAAUGGUCAGAUCCAAAAAUUAUCCAGCGUUCUCAAAGAUUUUAAACUGGAGGAAGAUUGUAUUGGAACAGUAGAUUCUUACUAGGGCAGAGAAUGUGAUUUAAUUAUAUUUUCUGCAGUUAGAAGCAGCAGUCAAGGCACUUCUAACGGUAUUGGAUUUUUGAGUGACAAAAAUAGAGCAAAUGUUGCAUUAACACGAGCACAGCAUGGCCUAAUUAUUAUCGGCAACAAACACUUCUUAUCUAAAGAUUAAAAGUGGAAAAAAUACAUAUCAUUCCUUGAGUAAAAUGAAGUCGUUGUAAAUGGAGUAUAGAAUGCCAUUGAAUUCAUAUAGAGAGCGAAUAUUAGAAGAAGAUCUAAUUUUGAUACAUCCUUUGCAUUUAAUCCAGAAGAGGAUUUCAUUUGA